AGCCGUCAGUAUCGUACAGACACGUGGAGGGGGAGGAUGUGUCACCUUUAACUCCCCGCCCUAUGCAGUUAUACACACAAAAACACCCUUUACUCGCUGGCUACGUGUCAUAACGGGUGUCUAGUGGUGUUAUAUGUGCAGUGAGGUUGUGAUACGCCCAUACUGACUAAGAAAGCGGGUUUAAAAGCGGUUUUUAAGGAUGUUUUUGGCAGAUAAAGGAUUGGAUUCUGUUUAACGGUGGCAGCGGCAGGCUCAAGAUGAUGGCUGUGAGGUGUAUAUGGGACAGAGGUUGACCUACCCCCCCCCUCCACCACCCCCACCACCACCACCACCACCAAUUAGACUCCAUUUGAAACUCCCCCUCUAAAAGGCCUUCAGGAUGUACAGCUCGGCCAACCACCACCAGCACCGCCACCACCCCCACCUCCUCCAGCAGCAGCAGCAGUUACAGCAGCAGCAGGAGCAGCAGCGGCAGGGCUUCACCUCCCCGGAGAGUGCCGCUGCGGUGGAGAUCUUCGAGCAGCUGUGUGCGGCCUCCACCUUCAAGUCUGUGCUGCAUCUCUACCGCCAGCUGUGUGAUGUGCUCAAACUUAAGCCAACCAAUAUACGCAAUUUUUACCCCAAGUUGAAGUCACGGCUCCGGUCAUGGAAAGCACAGGCGCUCUGGAAUAAGUUUGACAAGCGGGCGGCCCACAAGUGUUAUAACCAUGGCAAGGCUUGUCAGGACUGCAAGGUGCUGAUCAUUGGGGCUGGUCCGUGUGGGCUGCGUUCGGCCAUUGAGGCACAGCUGCUUGGCGCGAAGGUGGUGGUCAUAGAGAAGAGGGAUCGGUUCUCCAGAAAUAAUGUGCUUCAUCUGUGGCCCUUCGUCAUCACCGACCUUAAGCAACUCGGCGCUAAGAAAUUCUACGGAAAAUUCUGCGCGGGUGCCAUCGACCAUAUUAGCAUCCGUCAGCUUCAGUGCAUCCUCCUGAAGGUGGCGCUGCUUCUGGGGGUGGAGGUGUUCGAGUCAGUGUCCUUCGAAGAGCUGGUGGAGCCCCCCGCCAACCAGGAAGAAAAAAUCGGGUGGAGGGCCAGACUGUCCCCGCCGGACCACCCAGCGAACCAGUAUGAGUUUGACUGUCUGUUCGGAGCGGAUGGCAAGCGGAACACACUGCCAGGUUUUCGCCGCAAGGAGUUCCGCGGCAAACUGGCCAUCGCUAUCACUGCUAACUUCAUCAACAAGAGAUCUGAGGCGGAGGCGAGGGUCCAGGAGAUCAGUGGCGUGGCGUUCAUCUUCAACCAGAAGUUCUUCAAGGAACUGUACGCGGCGACGGGCAUUGACCUGGAGAACAUUGUGUACUACAAGGACGAGACUCACUACUUUGUCAUGACCGCCAAGAAACACUCUCUCAUUGAUAAGGGAGUCAUUCUCAACGACGUGCCAGACACUCAGGAACUCCUCCAUUCUUCUAACGUGGACCGCACCGCCCUGCUGGAGUAUGCUAGGGAGGCGGCGGACUUCUCCACAAACUACCAGCUGCCACACCUGGACUUGGUGAACCACUAUGGCAAACCAGAUGUGGCCAUGUUUGACUUCACCUCCAUGUUUGCUGCAGAGAACGCUUGUAGAAUGUGGGAGAGGAACGGACACAAGCUGCUCACUGGCCUGGUGGGGGACACUCUGCUGGAGCCCUUCUGGCCGACGGGUUCUGGGUGUGCGCGGGGCUUCCUGGGGUGCUUUGAUGGGGCUUGGAUGCUGCGUUCCUGGGCCAACGGGAAGAUGUCUCCCUUGGAAGUGUUGGCGGAGAGAGAGAGUGUGUACCGACUGCUGGCCCAGACCACACCGGAGAACUUAAGUAAAGAUCACGUCUCCUACAUGCUGGAUCCGUCAUCUCGCUACCCGACCAUCAACCUCCGCGCCGUGCUGCCCUUCCAAGUGCGUAACCUGUUUGACACCGACGACCCUUCACACCUGGAGGACGGCGCCAACCCACAGCCACCCUCCACUGACGACUUGCCCAAGAAGAGGAAGAGGAGAGACUCGUUCAUCCACCCGGACACGCUGCUGGUGUGGUGCAAGAAGCAGGUGGCGCUCUACGACUCAGUCAAGGUGGAUGACAUGGCUGGGUCAUUCAAGGAUGGACGAGUGCUGUGUGCCAUCAUCCACCGUUACCGACCUGACCUUAUGGAUUUUGACGCGCUGACCCCGGAGGACAUCGCUGACAACAACCAGCUGGCCUUCGACAUCCUGGAGAGGGACUUUGGCAUUCCCCCGGUGAUGACUGGGGCGGAGAUGGCGGAGAUUGAGGUGCCGGACAAGCUGACGAUGAUCUCCUAUCUCUCCCAGAUAUACGACGUCUUCAGGGGAGAAAUACCUCACUUCAAGUACCCAAAGAUGGAUGUGGGUGAGAUGGAGGUGGAGGACGGUGCCGGCCAGCGCUCCACCACACGUCACGUCAACAUCCUCAAGAACCUCACCAACAAGACGGCCAGCGUGGCACAGGCAGCUCUGUCCGCACGGAAGAGACUCUCACAGGAACGCGCCACUAACAAAAGUGAUGGGCGGGUGAUGUGCCGAGUGGUUGAGGACGGCAGCAGUGUGGCGGCGGGUGACAGGAAGAGCGACUCACUCAAGAAGACCAAGAAAAGACGCAGUGACCGGGUGACCUCCCCUCUGGACAAAGAAGACGAGGAAGACGACGACGACGACGACGAGGGAAGACAACGACAGCAGGAAAUACAGCUUAACCGGGCGGAAUAUUUACGUAAACAGAGAGAACGAAGGGAGUUAGAAAAGGUGCGAUUCAUCCGUUCAAUGCAGAUGCUACAGUUUGGCGGCCACUCCCUCAAUCCAAUCGUCCAGCCGUCCUACCAGAGUGACAAGGACGAGGGGAUUUCAGAGUAUAGGAAGCAGAACAGCAAGACAAUGAGACAGAAGGCGGAAGAGCUGGAGAGAAAGUUGAACCAUCGCCCUGAGCGCAGUGUGGAGGAGGAGGUGGCGAGGAAGGCCCAGCAGGAACAGUCUGGGGACUUUAACGAGAAGGUGAAGGAUCUGGAAGCAAAGUUCACCAGCAGAGGGAACACUAAUGCUGCUGAGAGGAAGCCUAAGGAUUUACUACGCGCCAUAGGGAAGAUAGAAAGGUCGGAUUGGAAUGUGGCCGCCAUAGAGAAGAAGAUGCAUGAGAACAAAUUUGGCCUGGAGGUGUCAGCCGGCAAGGAGAAGGUCCCCAUGUGGUCCAGAGACAACUAUGAUGACAAGUUCAACAACAUCGAGAGGAGACUACGAGAGAAUGGUGAGGAUGAGGAGACUAUUGCCAAGUACCGGGACAUUGACUCCUCUCUGAAGCGGCUGGAGAUGAAGCUGAGGGAGGGGUCAACGCUGGAGACAGGGCUGAGAGGCAAGAACAAGGUGUCUAAUUUGGCCUCCCAGCUCUCCUCUAAGCUGGAGAAGAAGGAGCCAGAGAAAGUGCUGGUGACAAAACAGCCGUCAAGACCCCUGGUGCCACUGCCCUCCUCUGGGUCGGACCUGUGUCACUUCUGCGGCAACCGAGUGUACCUGGUGGAGCGACUCAGUGCGGAGGGCAAGUUCUUCCACCGGCAGUGCUUCAAGUGUGACUACUGCGCCGCCAAUCUCAGGCUGGGCAACUACAUCUAUGACCGAGAGGGACGUUAUGGAGGCAAAUUCUUCUGCAUCCCUCACUUUGGCCUCGCCCCGCGUGCCAAGGGGCUGAGGUACCGCGGCGAGGACACAGAUAGCGCCAAGGAGAACAUCGUGCCCACCGCCACCACCGCCACCACCACCACCGCCACCGCCACCCCCAUCCAGCUGCAGGUGAGACAAGAACUGAGAACGUGGCCCUUUACUGACAAAUAUUUAGGCUGGGUGGAAGAGGAGGAGAAGGAGGAGGAGGAGGAGGAGGUACUAAGUGGACUGCCUUGUAACGGAGAGCUGUCCCCUCGUCAGUAUACCUCCCUGAUCCGCCGGGCUUCCUCCCUCCACUACCCUCCACCUCGCCACCACCAAAACCACAUGAGGAGUGACAAAAAGCGUUCAAAUGGGCAGAAACUCAAGUCGCUUCCUGGCAGAUUAAAGGGAGUGAGUCAGCCUCCUCCACCACCACCACCACCUCGCUCCUCCAAAGGGUGUAGUAAGGGGUCUAGAGGGUGUCCCAGGGCCCCUCUUACCCCUAUAGUGCCCCUGAAGAGCCACAACCCCAGGGAACUGAAAUGCAAGUCCCAGUUAUUUGUGAGGCUCAAUAUAGGGAGUCACUUAUCGGAGAGCAGUGAUGGAGCAGUGUGUGGUGUGUUGUGCCCUGUGGAGUGUGGUGAGGUGGCAGGGCAAGGACGUCCUCAGCCACAGCCCAUCACAGCGCCCCUGCCACGCCCCUGUCAAGGCAGCGACACCCUCCCAUUUAACACAGAGAUAAAUGUUGCGUCAAAUCACGUAUACGAAUUGGAUUUUAAACCUUCCGCCACUGUCAGUUCUUCCACUCCUGUCGCUCCUGUGGUCUCUGUCCCUCCUCCCGCCCCCCUCCAGCCACCCCCGCCUCCCGUGGCUCCCCCAGUCGGAGUCAUUAGGGAGCGUCCGUACUAUGACUGUGGUUAUGACACAGACAGCGACUCACCCUCCCCUCACUCAACGCUGGAGAGUGACGAGAGAAGGGACAGUAGGCGCACUCUUCCCCUCCCCUCCUCUUCCUCUCCUGCCUCCCCUCUGCCUUCCUCUCCCCUGUCAGUGUGGAGUAGGUAUCUUUCUUGGCUCCACCGUGUGCCGGCACAUGUGGGAGGAGAUGCUGGGGGGAAGGCUGGCACUGGCACUGGUCCUGGCACUCCUACCAUUGCCGGCCUCACCCCAGAAGACCGUGGCACCACACCAGAGCGAGUGGAGUUUGAGAAUUCUGUGGUGGAGCAAAGCGACGAGGAUGAAUAUCUGUCGGAGGAUGAAUGGACCGAUCGUAACUUUGGAGCCUCCGCGAAUGAGCUGGAUGAGUCAGAUGGAGAGGACAGCGACUACUCAGAUCUCAGCGAUGAGGAAGCGGAGGACGAGGAGAUGGAGUUCCUGGAGGGCGGCGGCAAACUGACGGCAGCAGAGACCAGACGUCUGGCGGAGUCGUGGCAGCGGAGAUAUUCCACCGACAAUUUAGACGAUCGUGAUUCUCCGCACUCCGGCAAAGAGUCCGAGUCGGAUUUGGAUUCGGAUAACUUCAGUGAGGAGUGCGGGGCGGAAGGAGAUGAGAGCCACACCGCCACAGAGGGAGAGGGUGGUGAGGAGGAGGAUGAGGAGGAGGAGGAGGGUGAGGCGGUGAAGAGGGCCAGGGAGCUGCGUCGCCUGGAGGUAAACAUUGAUGUCACCGCGCCGCCAAGGAAGGCCGAGACCUCAGACAGUGGCUCCGAUACUGAGGUGGCGAGUGAUGAGGAGAGUGAGGAGAGCGACACACAGAUAGACACAGACUCGGAGUUUGCGGACGACCACGUGCCACCGCCCCCCAAGUCUAUCCCCACCAUUGUCAUCAAUGAGACCCACGACCCGCAGCAGGAGAGCCCCGCCCCGGAAGACAAGGCAGGGGAGGAGGCCUGGGGCGAGCCGAGGGCCAACCUGGUGUCCCAGCGCAUCGACCUGGGCCAGAAGCAGGACGAGGAGAGCUGGGCCAAGGAGAACGGUGAGAAGAGCGCCAGCCUCACCAAUCUCAAUGAGACGGGCCAGGCCAACCCCCGGGCGGAGCAGCUGAAGCGCCUCCUGCAGCGGACAGACUCAACAGAGGCCAUCGCUGCCCAACGCCUGCAGCUGAAGCGCCAGUACCUGCUGGGAGAGAACUCCAACCUGCCCCGCAAGUCAGUGUCCACUGCUGACCUGGGCAACCGCUUCAAGAGCUUCAUGGACAAGAUCUCGGAGACACAGAAGAUGCUGAACCCCGCACCGCAGCCCAGCGCCGCCAUGCAAGCCUUCAUGAGCACCUCUGUGUCCACCCGACGCAGCCCCUCCUCCUCUCCCUCCUCCCCCCAGCUCACCACCCGCUCCAUCUCCCUCCCCCAGGGUGAUGAGGCAGCCCACACCAACAAUGCCACCACCACCUCCUCCUCCACCACCACCACCGAGGAGACCAGAGGCCUCGCUGACGCCAUCACCACACGUGUGGAAUCCUCUGUGUACCCUGUGGAGGGGCAGGAGGGCCGGGAGGCGGAGUUGAAAGGCUUCCCGUCCCCUCCCAAGCAGCCUCAAGGUGAAGAGGAAGCCACACAAGUGGCAGAGGAAUGCCUUGCCAAGAUCCCUCUGUCACACAGCUCCAGUGAGUCCAGCAGCAGCAGCAGCAGCCAGCAGCAGCAGCAGCGGGACGGCUCGGAUUAUGACAACGUCCCCACUGGCAGCAAGUGGUCCCCCCCAAAGAAGUCCCCCACAGCUAUUGAGCUGCAGCAGCAGCAGCAGCCCAGCACCGGUGUGACAGACAGUGCUUUCAGCGACGGCGACGCACGUACCAGCGACACAGCCACCGACCUGCCGACCAACACACAAACCCCGCCUCCAACCCAACCAGCCCAGGGGGACCCCAAGGGCAGCAGCCAGGAGCCAUGGGUGAUUGGUGGGCCAGAGGAGAGGAGUAGGGAGAAUGAGGAGGACAAUGUGUUUGGCUUGUCACUGCCCGGCGACACAGAUGCUGGCGUGGAGACCGUCAAUAGGGCGCUGGUGUUGGUGAACGCCCCACGUUCCCUGGAGGGACCUUACACUGGCGAGGCCGUCCCGCUGCAGGAGGAGCAGAGGGAGCAGGAGGAGCUGGGCAGCACCAAGACGCCACUGGUGUUCCUGGUGGAUGACCUGGAGAGGGACAAUGAGGAAGAGAAUGUGGAUGAACUGUUCAACAAGCUAGCCAGUGAUGCCGUGGAGGACAUUGACAAGUUCUCUGAGCUGGUGGAGUCCUCCACGCCCAACCACAACAACUACAACGGCUUCCCCUUCUGUGAUGAGCCCGACCCCAGGCUGGCCCAGCCACUCACACUGACACCCUGUCAUACUGAAGGCAAGGAGGACACUGGCAGCGGUGUGGCCACGGUGUGUGUGGCUGCUGUGGUGGAGGCUGUGACGUGUGGCCAGGGUGUGGUGGAGGCUGUGACAGGUGGCCAGGUUGUGGCCAGUGUGGAGGGUGUGACAGAUGGCCAGGGUGUGGCAGGUGAGAGGGACAGUGCAAGUGUGACUAGUGAGAGUAAGUUAUCAGUGAUCAGGGACUCCAGCAGGGAGAUCAGGGAGGGUAAGGAGGCAGAGGGUGGCAGGGAGGCAGGGCUGAGUCCCAAGAGUGAGCAGCUGUCGCCUCUCACGGCCAGCCCCAGCGAGGAGCUGCUGCCACCGCCCACCAAGGAGAGCCUGUCCAGCCCGGAGGAAGGGCGGGAGUACACUGAAACAGAGUUGUCUGACUGGGCAGGCGACAAUGGCGGGGUGAGUGCCGGCGAGGACCUGGAGGUAGAGGUGAACCAGCGGGACCGUCCCUCGCACCGGGCGUCGCCACGUGCCAUCGCCAGGAUUGCCUCCGAGGAGAGUCUGGGGGACACAGAUUCCGCCAUCUCCAGCGGGCACAACGUGACCACAUCUGCGCCGGCCAAGCCACCGGCCACCCUGGCCGACCUGGACGGCAUAGAGUUCAUGGACACCAGUGAAAGUGCCAGCAGCCCCGAGGAACUCAGCCACCACAAGCAGGGCUACCGCAAGCUGGAGGAGGAGACGCCCACCACUCCCCUGGCACCACAGAUCUCCCUCAUCGGCCAGCCUGAUCCCCCCCACCAGGACCCCCACAGCAGCAGCAGCAGCAGCAGCAGCCAGUCAGACAACACCAGCACAGAACUGGACACGUCACAGAGCAGCGUGCAGGAGGCCCCCAGUGCAGCACAGCAGGCGGAGGGCAGCCCCGCUCCACCCCCCAAGAGUAUGUCUGAGCCCCCGUCCCUCAGUGAGCCCCGGGCCAGGGUCAACGGUGAGAGGCGCCACGACUCACUGGAGGAGUGCACUACCACCACUGCCGCCGCCGCCUCGGCCUCCAGCUCUCCGCGGCGGUACGAGGGCUACAUCCCACGGUUCAGGGAACGCAUGAGUCCCUUCGGCUACGUCCGCGACUCUAUCGAUGUGCACAAGACCUCCUCCCGGACCUCCCUAGCCAGUCCACGCUCCCUGGAUGGCCAGACGGAGGACAACCAGGAGGAGGAGGGAGAGGAGGAGGAGCAGCAGCAGCAGCAGGAGCAGCAGCAUGGCCUGGGUGUGGAGGGCAGCCCAGCGCGGAGCACCAGCAAGGUGUCACCCACCACGGCCAAGCGUCAGAUAGAGAGCAGCCUGAAGCGCACCGACAAGGACAAGGAGAAGGACCUCAUCAAAGAGAUGGUGAUGUCCCGCCUGAGUCGCCGCAGUGCAGAGAAGACACCACGGCGCUCCUCCCGCACCUCUCCCAGCCCCCUCUCCUCCACCAGUUCCCGCACAUCACUCUUCAGCCCUCAGUCCUCACAGGAAAACCUCCUGGAGAGGCACACCAGCGCCUCCACCACACCCUCCACCACGCCUUCCACCACCACGGAGGCCCCGCUGGAGGAGUGUGGCAAGCGACACAUUCAUGUGGACGGCCCAGCACUGCUGCGGCUUGACACUGUCCAGCAAGAGCUGCCAGACGGCGGCCAGACCUUCGGGGCCGAGGAGAACAGGGCCAAGAUACGCGUGGGGAACUUCUUCCGUGACGACAGCGUGCUGGGCGGCCCCAUGCUCAGCGGCGGCGGCAGCGGUGGCAGCCUGCAUGAUGUCAAUGUGCCCUUUGUGGACGAGAGUCAGGAUGAGGACGUGUCUGAGCGGCGCGAGGUGUCCUGCCGCAGCACACCCUCCACCGCCAGGCACCGCAGCCCCGCCACCAAGCGCCCCGCCAUGCCAGAUGCCACGCCCCGCCCCAAGCUGCCGGCCACGCCCCUCACCCACCCGGAGCAGUUCUCCAGCCCACCUGUCAAGUUCCCAGGGCCGCCCUCCAGCCCCCCACCCCCCUCAACUCCCUCACCUCCCUCAGCGCACCCAAUACCCCACGCAGCAGUGCCACGAUCCCAGCCUCUGCCUCCCACACCCCCGGGAGCACUCCAGCCCCCAGAGGCUCCCCGGCAACACCCGGGCACCACCACCCCGGUGCCCACCUCUGUCACCCCAGUGCCCAUCCGGCCACACCGUGCCUCCACCCAUGCCAAGGGCCUCUCCAGCCCCAGUGAGCGGCCCCUGUCCACCCCCAACCUGGGGACAGUGGAGCGGGAGAGGGCCAGGGAGGAGGCUCGGGGCCGUGCCAAGCUGCUGACGGACCACGCCCUGAGUCUCAGCCCCCCCAACCUGGCUGACAACCUGCGAGAGAAGCUUAAGAAGGCUGGGCCGGGCCAGGCUGAGGCAGAGGCCCCCACAGCCACUCCACGGCCUGGCAAGACGGUGGAGGGCGUGGCAGCCGCCACCACCACCAGGGACAAGGAGGAGCGGGUGCGGGAGCUGCUGGCAGAGCAGCGGCAGCAGCGGCGGCAGCGGGAGGCGCCGCCAGAUGCCGGGGAAGAGCCAGCCAGCAAGGAGGACCGCCUGAGGGAGCGCCUGGAAGAGUACGCAGCUGGUGGUGGCGGCGGCGGCGGCAGCAGCGAUGGCGGCGUAGGCGAUGGGCGGCCUAAGAGUCAGCUGGUGCGGCGACACACACACCACCGGCCGUCCCUGCUGGAAUUGGAGUCCCUGCAGGUGUUCACGGCCGGCCUGGGCCCCAGUAAGUCUGCCUCGUGUUCCUCGGUACCCCUGGCAGGUGCCUCCUCCCUUACCACCCACACCCCCGCCCCUUCACACCCAACACCACCCCCGACACAGCAGCCUACUCCACCCCCUUCCCCUGCACCCUCCUCCACCACCACAGCCUCCUCCACUACCUCUACCCCUGCCAGCCAGCCCUCCCAGGACUCCCCCUCGGACAGAAAGCCCUCCGGCAAGAAGUCCAAGGACCGGGAGAGGAGGAGGAGCCUCAUCCAGGUGUUCACAGGAAUGUUUACCAGCAAAUCAGACGACAAAAAGAAGGGAGACCACUCAGAGGCCAGCGACGCCCACUCCACCACCACCACCACUGCCACCACCAUCGCUGCAGCCCCCUCCAACCCUGCAGGCCCCCCCGCUGCAGCCCCACCCACCGAGACCCCCAAGGCAGCCCCACCAAAAAGCCCCCUGACUGUGCGUGAUAAAUUGUCAAAACUGAGGCUGUCACGGUCGAAGGAGAAGAAGAAGCAGAGUGACAAGGGUCGGUCUACCAGUGUGGAUGAAGCGAGCCCCAGGGAUGGCCAGGACCCCCGAGCAGCCCUGUCCCUCCCCACCUCCCCCUCCCGCCGCCCGCUAACUCUCUUCCCCUCAUCCUUUACUAAGUCCUCAUCACCUCCCCAAGCCUCAGUCCCGGCCUCUGUGUGUGUCCCUGGUGGAUACUGUAUGGUGUGGUCUGUGGUGUUGUGGUGUUGUUCCCCUAUGGUGCGGUGUGUGUGUGUCUCCCUCCCCUCCCACUCUGCCAUCACUGUUAUUUUGAGGCCAGGCUCCCACCAACCCUGCCUUGUCUCGCCACGGAUUGAAGAGGAGAGCCUGUCAGAGGAGGAUGCUGGCACCCCCUCCGGCACCCUGGAGCGCGGGCAGCAGGCACCGUGGUCAGGCUCCAGCGGCAGGAAACAGCGUAGUGCAGCUUUCAAGGCAGCGAGACAGGCGGAACUCAAACGGUUGAGGAUGGCGCAGGAGAUACAGAGGCAGCUGGAGGAGUGUGAGGUGAAGACAAGAGAAUUGGAGAGAGGUGUAGCCACAGAGAAAGCCCUUAGAGGAGAAGCAGGUGGCGUGGAGAGGGACGAGGCAGAGCUGAUGGGCGACUGGUUUGCGAUGGUGCACGAGAAGAACGCGUUGGUGAGGUGGGAGCAGGAGCUGAUGGUGCGUGCCAAGGAGCUGGAGCUGGAGGACAGGCAUGUCAGGCUGGAGCACGAACUGAGGCACCGCAUGGCACUCUCUGAACACGAGAAGUCCCGCGAAGACAUCGACCGGGAGGGCACCAUCCUGGCCGAGAUGCUGAGUAUCCUGGAGCAGAAGGACGCACUGGUCACCAUGCUGGAGGAGGACAGACAGAGGUACAUGGAGGAGGACCGAGAUCUGGAGGCGGUGAUGCUGCGGAAAGGCCUCCAACUCUCCCCACUGAGACGAGAAACUGGCGUGUGAACUCUUGAAGUCUCGUAUAAGCUCAUGUGGGAACUUGUGUAUUUCGAGGGUGACUCCUUACUGCCUUCCUGCUUCCCUCAAGGCAGCUCCCAGUGAGGCUACAGUGUGUUAAAGGACUAUUCAGGGAUUGUCUUCUAUUUCACCCAUUGCUAAGACACAGCUUGUUAUUAUAUUGGUGCAAGGAAGGAAGGAAAUGAAGAAGGUUGGUUUGUGGUGACUGUGUGGUGUUCAGCUGUGGUGGAUGACGUCUGGUUUUAAUGGUUUUAUGUAUUUAUUUAUUUAUUUAUUUAUUUUCUCUCAUUUUUAUUUGUUUUUUGUGUGUUCAAGAUGUCAGGUUUGUGGUAGGUGAUGUCUGUUCUCUCUCUCUCUCUCUCUCUCUCUCUCUCUCUCUCUCUCUCUCUCUCUCUCAUUUUUAUUUGUUUUUGUGUCAAGUUGAACCACCAGCAGAGAAAUUAAUUAUGUUUUUUAAUUUUUAUUAUUAGUUUUUUGUGUGUGUUUGUGUGUAUGAGGAGGAAACUGGCUAAGGGCAACAAAAUUAGAAAAAAAAAUGUCCAUUUGAUUGCCAGUUCCCUUACAGAUCAGUGAAGUCAGCCAAAAGACAGGGACAUAUGACUUGAAAUCUCCCUCUCUCUGUGUCAUGGCCAGGUGUCCAAGAUGUCAGGUGUGUGGUGGAUGAAGUCUAGAUUCUUAUGGAUUUUUUUUUUCUCAAUUUCAUGGUCUAUUUUUGUGUCAAGUCAAGCCACCAGUGCUGAAGAAUGGUUUUGUGUUUUGUGUUAGCCAGGUGUUCAAGAUGUCAGGUGUGUGGUGGAUGACGUCGGUUCCUGUAUUUAUUUAUUUAUUUUAUUUAUUUAUUUUUUUUCCUCUCAUUUUCAUUUGUUUUAUUUUAUUAUUUUUUUAUUAUAGUUGAGAAAGUUUGCGGUGUCAUGCCAGGUAUUCAAAAUGUCAGGUAUAAUGAAUGAAGUAUGGAAUUUUUGGUAUAUUUUUUGUCUUAUUUUCAUUUGUUUUUGUGUCUGAAUUGACCCACCAGUGCAGAGAAAUUGAUAAAGCUUCCUGUGUUGUGUCAUAGCCAGGUAUUCAAAAUGUCAGAUAUAAGGAAUGAAGUCUGAAUUUUUUAUAUUUUUGCUCAUUUCCAUUUAUUUUUGUGCCUGAAUUUGACCCACCAGUGCAGAAAAGGUGACUUGGAAGUGUGUACGGUAUUACUAACUAACUGAACUCCUCUCCUCUUCCUUGCUCUCUCUCUCUUUCCAUCUCUCCGUGUACUCUCUCUCUCUCCUAGUGCCAAGUUAUCCCAUUCAUAUAAACAUUUAGGAACACAGAAGGUUCAGACAAUAAGUAUCAUGAGUGAGAAAUAUUCCGCUUGAGUAACGAAUGAAUGGGCAGCGAUAUAGUCCCCGCUCCGUCACGUAUGCAAACGUUAUGCAAAGCCAUUCAUCAUUUAGCCUUGCCUGAAUGCCGAGAGUGGACGUCGCUGCUGCAGACGUCCGCCUCUUAAUGCUACCAGCUUGCAGGAACACCGGCAGACACAGCCAAUCUAAACCAGCUGCAACGUAACACUCAGACUAAAUCCUGUAUUCCAAAACACUUUCUCGUCACUCCUGUGCUACUUUCAAGAGGCUUUAGUUGAAGUUUAGCAAGGUUUCAUACCUGUUUUUUUUUUUCAGUUUUGCUAAAUUUCUACGUUACUGAAAGGAAAAACAGUCUUGGUAACCCGGCUAUUCAUUCACAGCCUCGGAAAGCAGUCAUGGCAAGAGAACAAAGUGUUUUUUAAUAUGGACGCCAAACCGACCAACCUGACUCAUUCUAGCAGCUUGUCUGGUCUCUAAGACUUUCCUUGAGAGACUGAAGGACCUUUGUAUUGAAGCAUAAAGACUUGAACCUUACCAGACCAACAUUACUGUAUUAAAAUGAAGUGGACUUGUGUUUUGUGUGUUGAUUGCCACUGGGUGCGUCUCAAAGCUGCCCCAGAUGAUAUUAAAGUCUUGGUGUUGAAAUGCAAGGAGCCAAACAUUAUGCCAGUAACAUUACAAAAGGACUGAAGGCUUGGGUGUUGUCCUGUCUGGUUUUAAAGGCUUCCACACCACUCAUUCUACAGUGAAAGCUAGGAAUGUGGGUGUGUUUUAGCCUUCUCAGUUGCUUUCAUGGUGUAAUGAUUUCUUCCUACCCAUUCCACAUCAAAAUCUAGGAAUAAGGGUGUUUUUUUUGUCUUUUCAGGUUGUUUCAUGGUGUAAGAAUGAUUUAUCCCACCAAUUCCACGUCAAAAUCUAGGAGUGUGGGUAUUUUUGGGUCUUUAAUUAGUUUGUGUCAUGGUGUAAUGAUUUUUUUUACCCAUUCUAUAUCAAAAUCUAGGAAUGUGGGUGUCUUUUGCUUUCAGUUAGUUUGUUUCAUGGUUGUAACAAUUUCUUCUACCCAGUCUUUAUCAAAAUCUAGGAAUGUGGGUGUGAGUUGGCCUUAUCAGUUAGUUUCACGGUGUAACAAUGAUUUCCUCUACCAAUUCCACUUCAAAAUCUAGGAAUGUGGGGUGUGGUUUUGGCUGGUAUUCUCAAACAGUUCUGCACUUCACCUGUACCAUUUCAAAAGGCUUUAUCAAAAUUGACACAAGUUUUUAAGGCAUUUUUACAGUUUAGAGGCAGAGUGACAAGAAAUCUACAUUACUAAGUGCAGAAACGCUCUUGAAAACCUCACUAACCAUCUCUGUGGCCUUGGAAAAUAGCCACUUAAGUUUCAUUGACUGUGGAAGAGUGAUUUCCCUCGACACAUUCCACACCAAAAUCUAGGGAAAUGUAUGUGUAUUGUGGAUGUAUAUUGGCAUGUAUAGAUCUUGUGGAGCAGUGCAUGGUGGGUACAGUGGGUCGUGUAGGACAGACAGGACAUUCGAUGGGCAGUGUUUGGCUCCUAAGGUAGAGAGAGCAGAUAGUGAGGGAAGGGUCUCUGAACAGUCAUUAGCUGCCUGUGUGACAUUAUUCAAGCCUCCAAACCCUGUGCCUUCUCCAUUAUGUCAGCACCACCACCAGCGCCAACCAGUCCUUUUUUUUAUAUAUAUGAGUAUAUAUAUAUAAUUUUUUUUUUUUUUUUUUUUAGUUUUUUUAUGCAAGAAAGGAGGACUGACCAAGGGCAACAAAAACAUAAAGAAGAAGAAAAAAAAACUCACUCAGUCCAUAUAAUUCUGGUGUUGCUUUGAGGUUGGAUGUAGGGGUGGUGUGGGGUGGCUAUCAUCUCCUCCUCCUCCUCCUCUUGUAUCCCCACUUUUCCUCCUCCUCCUCCUCUUGUCCCCUCUUCCUUCUCCUUGUCCUUAUGUUAAAAAUGAAUCGCAGUUUCCAAAUGGGUUAUGUUUUGUGAAAAAUGUCUGUGUAUCGGAACGAGUGAUAGUUUUCUUUUAAUUUCAUGUUUAUUUCACUCCUGGAAAAUUGUUUGUGUAUUGGAAUGAAGCAUAUUUUUCUUUUUAUUUCCAUUAUUUUAGUUCAAUCCAGGAAAAUUGUAAAUUGAAAUCCACAGCAAAUAUCUAUUUUAUUUACAUUUAAUUUGUCUCUUUAUAGUUUUUAAGGAGAAUUUUUGCAAAGGUUUUAUUUGUAGAUACGAGUUCGGCUUUGAGAAUUGAUGGCAUUAGGUCAACUCGUCCCUCACAUCAACAGCCACAUUCAAAAACACCUUGCUUUCUCGCCACAACAAUUUUCAAGUCCCCAUACAUGACUAGCCAGGUUUUUAAGACAGUUUCUCCUUAUGAUCAACAAAACAAUCUUGCUAAUUCAUCACCAAAACCAUAAAAAAUACCCUUAAAAAUGAGUGUCUUCAACUAGAGCCUUUGUUGUUGUGAGAGAGCAAAGCGUUUCUGAUGACGGCUUCAAAGCUCACUUGUCAACCUUUCAUUGGCGCAUCUUCUACAUUUCGUCGUGUUUUCCAGCGUUUCUCUCCGUCAAUGUGAAUACCGCACUCAUGAAUCAGGGUAAAACAAACCGCUAGAUUAUCGCCACUUGCCACUCGUCACUCGCCACUCGUCAAGGUGAGAGAAUCUGUAAAUGUUCGUCAGUUGAAAUUCUCCGAGUGGUCCAGCCUUUCAUCUCAUCUCUGACACGCUCAACCUCUCAAAUCAAACUACAUAAACCAGUGAGUGAGUAGAGGACCCACUCACUCACCCACUUACUCACUCACUCACUCACUCACUCACUCACUCACUCACUCACUCACUCACUCACGACGGCAGCUUUCGGGUUCAUUUGAGGCGCUUCAGUUAACCACAAGCCACCCUAGUUCUCACCCCUCCCUUGUGACACCUGCCCCAGCUCUCCUUACAGGCAGGUGUGUGGGUGAGCGGGUGUGUCAGGUGUGCAGUGUCCCUCCAGGUGUGUCCCAAGCAAGGCUAUUCCAAGUUCACAUGUCGACUUUUUCUUUUUUUUCCCAUGGCUCUUUCUUGCUCUCGUCAGCGACUCGGCUCCUCGUGUGUGGUGCCGGCCGUCUCGCCUCGUCACGGUAACUUAUUCUCUCCUGCGUUGUGUGAUUUGUUUAGUUGUGGAGAGCAGCAAUAACAAAAAGAGCAGUCGGCGAUGUGUACACUCCUACACCACGAUUCUGUUGUGAUAAAACCGACGUACAGUGGGUUUUUUUUUACUCCUAACCGAUUUCUAGCUUUAAUCUGUGCAUUUGUAAAUAGAAACUUAAGUAAAAGAAGUAAUGUACACUGUUAACGCACCUACACACACACAGACACAUGUACACACAAAGACACACACACAUACACACACACACACACACACACAUUCACAAACAGCACGAAUAUUCCCAAGUUUUCACGUAACCGCUUGUUUUCAGUUCUGCCCAAAUUUAGCUUUGCUUUGACUACUGACACUCAAGAACCUCCCAGGCAGUCUUACGUCGGCCCACAGUGACAGACGUAUAGACAGACAGACAGACGGACAGCAGGUGUGGGCGGCUGUCUUUCCCGAGGGUAUAAAUAGUGUUUUCUUGGAGCAGCUGCAGAUAAUUUUCGUGUAGCAAUCAAUAUUAAGUCCAUGUGUCAUGAAGGUCUCGGCUCCGUGUGACUCGAGGCCAGCCGGUGUAAAUGGAAUCCUGUUCUAAUUUAUAUAUCUUUUGUACUGAUUCACUGUGUCAUUGAGGCUGAAUUGGCGCUUGUAUCAUUAUUUACCAUGGUGCUCCAAAGUAAAGGAAAUCUUGCAACACACUCUUUUAUUCCCACUUUAUGAGUAAGUAUUCUAUUUGGUGUGUAAAGACAGGCUAGGAGUGUCAGUGAGAGAAGUUACUGAGAGAAUGGUACCUAGGUAUGCAUUUAUAACCCCUUCAGUACUGGGAUGCAUUUUGACCUUGAGUUUUGGGUGUGAUUAUACAAUUUUACUUACAUUAGGGAGUAUCUAUGGAAGUCAGAAGAUACAUGUCACUAAAAUUACAGAAACGCCUUAAAACCUGUCACUUAAACUAUAGCCUUUAAAAACAGUAUUUGUCCUACUGAUAAUGCAGAAAACUUGUUAACAUGUCAGUAGAAUCACAGAAACACCCUAAAAAACCUGCAUCACUUCAACUAGACCCUAUUCAAACUCUUCAAAAACAGUGAAGUGUAACAAAGCAUGGGCCAUAAUAUCAGACAAAUACCCAAGGAAUGGCAAUGAAAGGAGUUAGACAGAAUAGUACUUUAUUUGGUGUAUAAUGGCAGGCCACAGAGGCAAGCAAGGAGCAGAUUACAAAGCCAGAAGAGAGCCUGGCAGGGUGGAGCUGUUAGACUGUCACUGAGAACACACAAGAUCAGAUCACACAUGGCUGAGAAUACUGAUGGAAAAGGUCACUAUAUGAGUCACCAAGAGCUUCAUAAGUACAGCUACAGUGUUUACAAGUUCACCAGACACACGCAAGUAUAAACAUUAGUCCUCUCUGUGCGAAAAAAUAUUGAUGGUCAUUCUCUAUAAACUAUCUUUGUGGUAUGACUCCUGAGAGAUGAUCUGACUCUAGGAUGGUGUGUGUGUGUGUGUGUGUGUGUGUGUGUGUGUGUGUGUGUGUGUGUGUGUGUGUGUGUGUGUGUGUGUGUGUGUGUGUGUGUGUGUGUGUGUGUGAAUGGAGAUGAUAGAUUGACUUAAUUUAUUUGUAUAUCAUUGCUGGAGAUUCAGGAGUUAGUGAUUCUGUUUGUUUGCAUUGGAAUCUCCUCUUCUUUCUGUUAAUGGUAACUUUUGUAAUGGGGUUUGUCACCUGUAUGAUCCCAUUAACUAGUCCUCAUCUAGUCCUGAAUGCUUGAAGACUUAAUGGUGAGAGAUUGUAAUGGUAAUGGGAGAAAAUAUUGUUGAUUUUGAGGAAGUGAAAGUGAAAAGUGUUGUGAUGAAGAAUAAGUGUAAAUAAUGUCAAGAAAAGAUAUUAAUGUUGUUUUGAGAGGAGGUAAGUGGAAAGGUUUGUGAUUUGUUUGAUAAUCAUGGAAGAUUUGUGAGGGAAAGUUGUAUAGGAAAGAUAUAUAAGAAUACUUUGAAAGGAAGAUGAAAAUGAAUAAAUAAGUAAGGAAAAGAAGAAUGGUUAUUAUAAAUGAACACAAAAGACAUCAGAGCGUAAGUUAAAGAUGUAAAUUAUGAUAAACUAUGAAGAUGCUUAAUUUAUUUUGAGAGAUAUGUCAGUUAUGAAUUGUUAACUUAUUGAAUAGAUAGGAACCCCUUUAUAUUUCUCUCCUUGUUUAUGUAUAUGUAAUUAAAAGGAAGACUUGCUCUAUUGAAAUGUUAUACAUUG